GAGGAGGGUGUUAGAUUGAACUAGAAGACUGAGGAUCUGGUUCGGGAUAUUCAAGUGGAGCUCUAGGGGUGGCAUCCUUGCCUCACUUGACGUUAUCCGCAUACUCAUGUGGCAGAACACAAUGGCAUUUCUAUUCUUCCUACUGAUGCUAGCAGUGAUGCCUUCAUCCACGCCAGCAGCUCGAAGAACAAAGAGACAAAGCAAUUUUUGGGGACGCUGGGGAGAAUGGGGUGAAUGUAGCCAAAGCUGUGGUGGAGGUGUCAGUAUUCGGGUGCGACGCUGUUACUCACAAAGGACAGAUGGUGGCUCCAGUUGUAUAGGACCAACCCGAAGCUAUCGUUCAUGCAAUGUUCAGAAAUGUCCUGAGGGUGCCAGAGAUUUUCGGGCAGAACAAUGUGCUGAGUUUGAUGGGACAGACUUCCAGGGAAAGCGAUACAAGUGGCUCCCUUAUUAUGGAGCUCCCAACAAAUGCGAACUAAACUGCAUCCCAAAGGGAGAAAACUUCUACUAUAGACACAAAGAAGCCGUGAUUGAUGGAACCCCCUGUGAGCCAGGGAAGCGUGAUAUCUGUGUGGAAGGAGUCUGUCAGGCUGUUGGCUGUGAUAACAUGUUGGAUUCUUCUAAGAAGGAAGACAAGUGUCUGCAGUGUGGUGGAGAUGGCAGGGCCUGCUUUGAAGUGAAGGGUCUCUUUGAUGUACCCAAUCUCCCCAAAGGCUACAACCAAAUCUUAAUCAUUCCCAUGGGGGCCACAAGUAUCCAGAUUAAGGAAGCAACACCUACCAGGAACUUCGUUGCCAUCAAGAAUGUGCAAGGAGCAUACUAUCUAAAUGGACACUGGACAAUUGAGUUUAGCCGGGCUUUGCAAAUUGCUAGCACAGUUGUACAUUAUGACAGGGGGUCAGAGGGUGACCUGGCUCCUGAGUUUCUUCAUGCCAGAGGUCCCACCACUGAACCCUUGGUUAUUGAGCUGAUCAGCCAGGAACCAAACCAAGGAAUACAUUAUGAAUACUACCUUCCAUUCCAAAGGCAGAGCUCUGCCUACAGAUGGGGCUAUGGCUCGUGGGGCGAAUGCAGUGCUGAGUGUGGUGGAGGUUAUCAGUCACGGCUGGUCUUUUGUACCAUUGACAAUGAAGAAUAUCCAGGCUACAUGUGCAGAGAUAAACCACAACCAGAAAAUAACCGCACUUGCAAUCUCCAGCCAUGCCCCCAGACAAAACGGGUAUCUUACCUCUAUCUGCCGGGAGCAUGGAGCCACAGCACAGCAUGGAGCUUGGAAAGGAUGAGUUGGAAAACUGGGGAGUGGGGACCUUGCUCAGCUACCUGUGGUGGAGGCACACAGACCCGUUCAGUUUAUUGUGUCUCCUACAAUGGACGUGAUUCUCAGGAUGCUGUGGAUGAUGCUGAGUGUGCAAUCUUAACGGAGAAGCCACGCAGCACACAGCCUUGCAACAUGCGGCAGUGUGCAACAUGGACCACAGGGCCCUGGUCUGAGUGCUCAGCUAGCUGUGGAGAAGGUGUUCAGACCCGGACUGUAAGUUGUAGGGCACAUCUGGGCUCCCGGAUCCUAGAUGCUGCCUGUUUGACAGAACCAAAACCUCCACAUACUCAGCCCUGCAUUGGGGAGAAUUGCAUACAGGAGAUUGGCUGGCAUAUUGGGGACUGGGGACUGUGCUCCAAGAGCUGUGACUCAGGCAUUCGAACCCGCCAAGUCAUCUGUGCUGAUGGAGACUCCAAAUUCUACAACCACGAAAUGUGCCAGGCCAUCCAGCCACAGAUACCAGCCAUGAUGGGAAGCUGUAACACCCAGCCCUGCCAUCUGCCACAGCAGGUUCCCAGCAUGCAAGACACGGCAGGCUACGAUAUCAAUCGCCAGGCCUUAUUGACCCGCUAUAACCCUGCUCAUGGCUCCACAGUUUCUGCAAAUGAAAGAAUAAUCCAAGCCAGCUCUACUCAUCACCAUCAGCAGCCCAAUGAAGAUCACAGCUCCAAUUUCUUACCUCUUCGAUGGGAGUCUCACUCAAGGUCCUCAGCAUCACAUCACCACAGCUCCCAACAAAAUACUGGGGCUCAUGUUCAUGACUGUAAUCAGAGUCCUCAUGGUUGUUGUUCAGAUGGUCAUACUGCUGCAGAGGGUCCCUUUGGGCAAGGCUGCCCAUUUGAGGGUUGUCAUUUGAGCAGAUAUGGAUGCUGCCCUGAUGGGAUAUCACCUUCUCAGGGGCCAAACAAAGAAGGGUGUGCACAAUACUACAGUGAUGUUUACGUGAACAGAAAUGAACCUGCUGCUGUCUCUCCAACGGCAAGCCGAGUUGUGUCCCAGCAGAGGCCGACAGAGGAGUGCCGGACUUCUAGAUAUGGUUGUUGCUAUGACAAUGUUGCUUCUGCUUCGGGGCCUCAAGGGGAAGGAUGUCUCAACCCACCCAGCCAAACUUAUCCUAUUGAUUGUCUGCUACCGAGUGCCCAUGGCCCCUGCACAGACUGGACAACUCGCUGGUACUUUGUAAAUGAUGUUGGAAAAUGCAAUCGAUUCUGGUAUGGGGGCUGCCAUGGCAAUAAGAACAACUUUGAUUCUGAAGAGGAGUGCAUGAAAACUUGCCAUGGACCAGGAGAAAGAAGUGACACAAGGCAUCACCACCACCACCACCAUGUUCACUCUGGUUCUCAGCAAUCUGUCAGAGGAGCCACUAGUCACAGGCAUGGAGAAGGAGGAGAUACAAUGUUCCAUGCCGGGAGUCAAGCUGGUUCAGAAACUGCCACAGCACAACAUCACACUGAGAGAAGCUGGUCAAGGACCAUGAUGAUAGAUGCCCUUCCUGAGUCUCCCCAAGGGACUGGAAUGGAUGGGGGAAGGAGAAGAGAUCCAGCAAACCAUCUGCAUGGCUUGGCAGUAGCCUCUGGACACUCUGAGAGACGGGUGACACUGAACGGUCAGACAGUCCACCAUGAACGUGAAAACUGGAGGAAGGAAUCUGGAGCAGAUGGCUCAACUGUGAAUGUAUUUCAGCACCAAGCCUCACCAGCCUCACCCUUCCAACAUUCUCUAAACAGGGUCCUCUUGGAUGGAUCAUCUUCUGCAGUGGAAGCAGGCCUGGGACAAAGCAUCCGUCUUCUCUGCAAAGCUAGCAAUUCCCCUUUCCCCAGAGUUGAAUGGCAGAAGGAUGGGCGGCCAGUGUCUUCUGACAGGCACACCUACCAGUCUGACAGUUCCCUAGUGAUUAGCCAGCUCAAAGCUGAGGAUGCUGGGCUUUACACCUGCAUGAUUUACAACAGGAGGACAGAACGGCGACAGAUUGAGUUGCGGAUCAAAGAAACCCCUGGAUCUACUAUUGUACAGGGAACAAGGAGGCAUCAUCAGCUUACUCAGAGUCAAGGAGUGUUAGGUACAGGAGUUAACAGUGGACAGCCACACACCUCUUCUCAUCAUCAUGUAACAUACAGGUUAAAAAUGUACAAGAAUGACCCUUCGGUAGUUGAUGCCAACAUUGGUGAAAGAGUCAGACUGCCUUGCCGUGUAGAGGCUUCACCUUCUCUAAACAUUGAGUGGCAGAAGGAUGGACAGCCCAUCUCCUCUGCCAGGCACAGACAGCAGUCUGAUGGAGCCUUAGUAAUCAGUCGUCUUGCAGCUGAAGAUGCUGGUGUCUUUACUUGUAUUGCUUCCAAUGGUCGGGAUCAGGAUCAGAGAAGAAUCCAGCUCAGACCUAGAGGAGAGCUGAGAAUCGCUGGCCUGCUGCCCAGCCUCUCUGUGUCAGAGGGGGGGAAUGCUGAGCUUCAGUGUGUUGUGACAGGAAGCAAUGUGAAUAUAAGAUGGUCAAGGAAUGGGGUUCCAGUGAGAGCAGACGGUUAUCACAUCCAGCUGUCUCCAGAUGGAAGCCUGGUCCUAAAGAAUGUGCAGAGCAGCGAUGAGGGCUCCUACACCUGCAAUGCUUACAGUGGCAGUAAUUCUGUCAGUGCCAGCACAGAUGUGAAAGUCAUCAGGAGGCAGCCAGAAGUACCUGCACCUCUUCCAGUGGACCCAAGCAGGGAAUGUGUUGACCAACCCCAUCUUGCCAACUGUGACCUGAUUCUACAGGCCCAACUCUGCAAUAAUGAGUAUUAUUCUAGCUUUUGCUGUGCCAGCUGUUUGCGCCACCAUGGCUGAAGCUCUGUCUCCCCUCCAUCUGAUGCUGCUCCAGAAGAAAGAAAUUUAUUAUCCAGAAAUGAUUUCUAUGGAAGCUAUCUCAGAUUUGUAUACCCAAGAACAUACAUGGAGAAGGCAAAAUGCCCAGUAUGAAAGCAGAUAGAAGAACAGUUGGCAAAUGGCUUCUGUAACUUUUUGCAAUAGUAACAUCUGAUUUUUUAAAAACAGCUGGAUGAUGUGCUCAUUUAAUGAAGCAACAAGUGACUGGCUCUCUCAGAAGCAAUAUGGACAGAAGUCAAAAGAAAGAGAAAAAGGUAUCUUAACCCAUAAAUGCAAACAAUAAAGAACACAAGAGUUUUGUCCUUUCCAGAAGAGAUGGACCACAUUUCUGUGGAAACUGGCACCCUGACCUUAAAUCUUUUUCCUGCAUGCUUAUCUCAAGUGUCACAUAAUGCUUUUCAGAACUAAAAGCAGACAAGUGGCUUUGUUCCACAACAAGAGCAGACAAUUGCUAACAAAGAGUCUCAGCAGCACUCAGUGUUUAGAAAUAGUUGAAACUACAAGGGACCCAAUAAUUUGCUGAAGUACAUAGGAAAAGUGGGAGAGUCUUGCACUUUAGAGAUCCUUGCGAUACUUCGUCUUGCAAUAAGUCUUACGAAGUGAAACUUCUAUGUCUCUUCUAUUGUCACCUUACUGGUGGGGGCUUUUUAAGGGCAAUCCUAUGCAUAUUUAUUUAGAAAAUCUCCUAAACAACAAAAUAUGACAUGUUGUGCAAGUCCUAGAAUUCCUCAGACACAUGAAUACCACUGUAUGAGGAUUUCCUUGAAAUCUUGGCAAGACAAGCCUUACAUCUUUGUUCAUCUUCAGGUUAAUCACUAUCAGAUAAACCUAAUGUGUAGCAUCUAAGGAUGAGCUCUGAAGCCAAAAAAGGUCAGGCAAGGUAAUGGGAGUUCUUACUUAAAGGUCAAAGCAGCCAGUUUUACUGACCUUUUGUAAACAGUUUCUGAAACUGGUGGGGAGAACAGCAGAGAUUCCAAAUGAAGCAUGUGCAAUUUUGUGUGAAGCACAACACGCUUUUUCAGGAACCACAGAAUAAGAAUGUCACAGGCCAUGAGGAAGAAAUUACGAGAAGUGCAGUUCUUACUUUUAAUCACAGAAGAAACAAUUGUCUAAAGUGUAUGCAUUCUGGUUGAGCAAUUAUAACUGAACUAGUAAGGAUGUGGGGUGCAAAUACUUAGUCCUGUUUACUUACAUUAACUUUCCUUUCCACAUACAGAGGCAGUACCAGCUGCAUAUGCGCUUUUCCCACCCAGGAUUGAUGCAUAGGUGCUAGUCACAAUUCAACAAGAUUCUGUUUGCUGACCAUCAAGGAUACCUUUCCAUUAAUUUAGUAAUCUUGUUGCUUAAUAGUCUACAAAACAGUAAGUGAGGAGAAUUUACAAUGCAGCAGACCACCAAGAAAAUCCAAGGCUAUGGCUGCCAUAGCAACUAGACGAAAGGUUUCCAUGUUAGGUUUCCUACAGAAGACAAGGAAGGAAGCAACCCCACCUGAGUUGAUGCAUGUGUCAUGUAGCUACAAGUGGCAGCAUCCAGCCUGCUCCAGAUAGUAAUUGUGAUGUCCACAUCUCCAGGGGAUUCCACAUAAUAGACAGCUACCUCUACACCACCCUGAAUAUCAACUUCAUGGUUGAUUAUAGUCCUGCUGCUUUCUUUUCAUCAUUAACUUACAGGAUGCACAUGUUGACCUACAAUUGCUCUUCAUUUCCUCAUAGGCAUCAGGUCUUAUAAAUAUAGGAUUCAUCUGUUUUAUAAAUCUUAUAAAUCAUCCAAAUGCACACAGUAGGUCUGUUUUACUGGUUACUGCAUUAAUCUGUGACUAACUACAAUUACACCCACAUUAUACACUAGCUGCUUUUUUAUGCAAUCAGGCUUUAUAUACAAAUAAGAAAGUCAAUUCCCAUAUAACAAGCACCACAGGCACGUUCUCUUUUGAGUCUCAUGUGAUAAAAAUAAGUCCUUCAAAAAUGUUUAUAUAGACAACUAUUCACAGAAGAUUAAACUGAGUUUUCCCAAGUUAUUACUAUACCCAUAUCUAAUUCUGUUUAGACAGACACAAACUGUAUCUAUCAUUUAAUGAUACUCAGAGGCUGUGCAGACUAACACAUAACGCAGUGCAGAAGGAGCACUGUAAAGCCAUGGUGCCACAGCUGUUGCAUCAUUUGCAGGGUACAAAAAGGAGCUCGUUUUUGCACCCUGCAAAGGCCAGAUUGGUGCUCGGCCCUGAUUUGGCAGUAAAAGAGGCAGUUUGCAUAGCCCCAAAAUGGAGUAAUUUGUCAGAAAAGUAACAAAGCAGUUCAAAAAACUGUUGGGAUUUUUAACACAACACCAUUUAAAACCACAACUGAAACUCAUUUGGUUCAGCAGACAGACUGUACAAAUAGCUUCUCUUCCCAAACAACAACCUAACUUGGCCAAGAUCCAAUAGUACCAUGGUAGAACAUACAUGUCCACUACCUUGUACUUCUGCUUCUAGCAUGAUUCUCAGUAGCACCAGGUGCACUCCUGUAACCAGUUAGUGCUGUCAGGGGGCAUAGGGAACCUGAGUAGUGGCCAAAUGCAGUUGUGCAGUCAGGAGAAAGGAACAGUCAUUGCCAUUCUAGGUCUCCAGCGAGUCCUCAGAAUGUUCUUUACUGCACACUGGAUGUAUGUGGGGGGGACAGCUUUUCCUUCCUCUUGACUGCACAACUGCAUAGCCAGGUGCUGCCCAGGUACUUUUCACCCUCUCCCAGCCAGUAAUUGACCAGAGUACAUUCUGGCAUCCUCAGACACUGUACUGUGGUGGAACCAGAAGUCUGGUGUAUUGUAUUGGUUGUGAGAAUGCAAACUGGUACCUUCAAAUUGCUGUUGCAUUAGAAAGGACAUUGUACAAUAAAACACUGAAUACCUUCUGCAGCAUCUCUAGAAGUCCACCUACAGAAUUACUGAGCUUCAGGAUUCUUGCACUUUUUUCAGAAACUGGAAUUAGCACCCAUGAUCAUUUAUGCCAAGACACUACCUGUAGGCAUGUUCACACAUCUCAAGGCAAAAUUGGCUGAGAUCGUCCAGCUCUUUCAUUAUAAUCUGCAGAUUUAACCAAGUUAUUUGGUAAAAGAGAAGAAAAAACAUAGUGAAGUCCCCUCCUGUUCAUGUAUAGCCUUUCCCCCCUCAGUAUCAUCGUACACUUUAAGAGUAGCUUCAAUUUGCACUGAAGAGCAUUUUAUCAAUUGCCCCUAUUUAAAUGACAGUAUUUAGUAGGAAGCUUUCAACAGAAUCCAUCAUGGACAAUGGGGAACAAAAACAGUAUGAUCUUACAAAAUAGGGAUAAAACCCAAAUGAUGCUAACAGUAAUGUUAGCCCUCCCCCCACCGUCAGCCCCUCUCUGACACCACAAAUCAGCAACGACAGUGUGCCAUAGUAAAUUUUUAGUGCAUGUGGAACUACAACAGGGAAAGGAUUGCCUAUUUUCAUUAGCAGAAAUGCCACUGUUCACAGAACUGCCUUUCACUGCAACAGGAACUACUAGGUCACAUAGUUUUCAACAAAAAAAUUAAUUUUAUUUCAACCAUAGCAAAGAACAACAGAAAAGAACAACAGACCAAACAUGAUAGGUUGUAUCUGCUCAUAUUCAUAAUUCAUUUUCCUUGGAAGAGGAAAGAAAGAAAGUUUAUCCUAUCAAAACCAGAGCUGUUGAUGGAGCUUUUGGGAUCAAAUUUUGCCCCCCCAAACCAUUUGCAGCAGUGAGUAGGGAGCCUACAGCUGUUCAAAUAUUGAUGGACUACAGCCCCCACCAGGCUGAUGGCAGCUGGAGCCCAAAAUCUAGAAGGCUAGUUUUCCCACUACUGUUUCACAGAAACUGCACAAAUUUGACAUAAGGAAACAUGCUUUUUUCCAAGCAGUGAUACCCACUAUGAGCCUCAACCAUAAUGGGCUGGAUGGUAACCUUAGACAAACUACUCCAAAGUGGUAUAUGGAACCAGAGGUGACCAUUCUAGGACCAGCCCACUAUAUGCUUAUAUUUUUAGAAAGCAAGAAGUGAGGACAAGAGAUGUGAUAGAUUUGUACACACCAGUAGGACACCGUCACACAAGUACUUCCAUUUGCACUAGUUAUGUUUUAUUGUUGUGUGCCUCCAAGUCAUUUUUUUACUUAUGGCAACCCUAUCACAGGGUUUUCUCGGCAAACUUCUUUAGAA